GGAGAAAGAUUAGAGAGAUCUAUGCGAAGAUUUUCAGAAAGAUUUGAGCAGUAAAAAAUAAAAUGGCAGCAGCAGCUAAUAAUAACAAUAAUAAAGAUUGGGGGAGCAGCCGUUGUGCAGCAUGCAAGCAAUUGAGAAGGAGAUGCCCUUCGGAUUGCAUAUUUAUGCCAUAUUUCCCACCAAACGAUCCUCUUAGAUUCGCUUCCGUUCACAGAAUCUAUGGCACCAACAAUGUCGCCAAGAUGCUCCAGGAAGCGGAGGAGCACCAACGGGGAGACGUGGCAGAGUCGUUGUACUACGAGGCGCAAUGCCGGCUGAAUGAUCCGGUGUACGGCUGCGUGGGAAUGAUCGCCGUUCUGCAGCAGGAAAUCCAGCGGUGUGAGUGGCUGUUGGCGAAGGUGGAAGCACAGAUCCAGCUCCUCAAGGCUACUCAAGCUGCUGUUGUUGUUGUUGAUCCAAAUUCACAUUGAUUUCAUUGCAAUGUCGUCAUAGUAUUCAUUGGCUAGCUGCUGUUUUAAUUUUUCCUGUUUUUCAUCUCUCUUUUUUAUCUUCCACAAGAGAGCCUUUCAAGAUCACAAAACGUUUACAUUACAACGUUUACAAAUAACAAAAACAACUGUUGCUUGAAAGAUCCAUGCUCGCGAACAAGCGUAAAAUGAUAUGAUUGUACUCAGAUUCAUGUCCUUUUGUUGUCACUGAAGCACUUUCACUAAAGCGGUCUACAAAUG